CGGGUGAUGUGAUAUGAUAUGGCCACAUGUCAUUGAUAGCAGAGGCAGUUUAGAACCUAUUCACUGAUGUGUAUACUUUUAUAAUGAUGGGCAAACCAAGGGGGUUGUACAAAUUCAUUCCAUCCACGCACGCUGAAAGGGUAUGGCAUGGCGUGGUUUGAACGAUAGGACCCUCUUGUGCGAACGAAUGAAGUUCUUCCCCAGCAUGUUGUUCUACGUGGCUGUUACUGAAGCGUUUCGAAAAUAAAUUAGCCACGAGGAGGGAGAAAAACUAAAAAUGGGGAAACUGGGUGAUAGUCGGGACUUUUGAGUUUGGGGAAUCAGCGCGUGUGUCCAUCCUUCUCUCUUUUUUACCCGACCGACCUUCUCCUUUCCCCAUUUCCAAAUGCAUGCCGACGAACCCUCAUGGAUGUCUUCUCGUUCUCAGCAUCCACUGAGUGUUCAUCCGCCAUCUCCGCCUAAAGCCAUGGAGCCUCGCCAUCCCCUCGUUUUACCACCUAUUGAAUUCGUCGACAGACCAAAAGGAUUAGACGAUCUACGUCAACAAAACGCCUUUCCAAGAAUCAAUAAUAAUCGACACAGGAGCAUAUCUGGAGAAUACCCAUCAUCCACGCCGGCCAGCCCAUACUCCAGCCGACGAAGCUCGCUGGCCACCACCACCGACUACUAUGCGUCGUCUCGAUCCCCUUCCCCAACGCAUAUGCCGUCACGGUAUGAAACAAAUGCCUAUGCAAGGAGAGACUCUUUGCCCCUCAUCAAAAGUUCUUUAUCGAUGGUUUCAUCGCCAUCUGGUACCCUGGCUGGCCCAGGCUACCAUCUCCAUCAUCAAGACGAAAUGGCUUCACAAAGACGAGGAAGUGCGCCAUUCUCUCGAAGUCCCGAAUUGAGAGUGACUCACAGGCUAGCGGAACGGAAACGACGUAGGGAAAUGAGAGAUUUAUUUGAUGAACUUCGGGAUGUGCUGCCUGUGGACAAAAGUCUGAAGACAAGCAAAUGGGAAAUUUUAAGUCGGGGUAAGUGCCGUUGGACUUGCGCCCUGGUGUAUGGUCCUAUCCUAAUCUCCUUAACAGCUGUAGAGUACAUUGAUAUGCUCAAAAACAAAGAACAUGCCAAUGCCCAAGAAAUCGAUGCCCUGAGACGAGAAAUUGGCUCUCUACGUUAUGGAAACAACUGAGUCUCCUAAUACCUUUUUUUGAUGUUUUUUUUUCAUAGUAACAACCGAAUUCAUUCAUACCAUGUUGGAAAUUUUUUUUUUCUUUUCAUAUUUAUAGUCCCACCCACAAUGUAAUAGCUUUCUUUCUUGUCUUCUUUUCCCCCUCAUAAUAAUGGCCUUGACAAAAGGCACAAACAAACAUCGAUAUCAUUGAUUGGACCUGCCUGCCUGCGCGUGGCUUAACCUGUUGUAAACCCCGGACCGUGUGAACUUGGCUGCAAUCGAUGGGAAUAGUUUAGAAAGGUGUCUGGCUGUUCGUGCCAGACACAUUGAAAGCUUCGCGGAGGGCCGAAUGAGGUGGACCUCGUGGCCGGACGGGGCACACCCUAGAACUUUCCGG